GCUGCUGCUGCAAGAGAAAGAGAGAAAAAUAAAAAGAGAAAGUAAGAAAGAAAGAGAGAGACAGACAGAUAGUUAGACUUGGCAACGUAACAACUGAUCAACCCGCCCCUUAAACUCAAGUUUGAAUCUUUUAACGGUCACGCAAGUUCGUCCAUACGCUAUUUAUUUUCUGGACGUUCAAUUAUCUUAUUCAGGAUGGAAGUUAAUGACGGUGUCUUGGUUUGCGCUGCUGAAAUUAUUAAAGAUCGAUUGUACUUUGCAACAUUAGAUACAACAGUGAAACCCAAAAGUACGACCAACACGCAUUACUUCAGCAUCGAUGAUGAAUUAGUUUAUGAGAAUUUUUAUGCUGACUUUGGUCCAUUAAAUUUGGCCAUGUUGUAUCAGUAUUGUCAAAAAGUUAAUAAAAAACUCAAAGCAGUGAUACUGUGUAGAAAGAAAAUUGUACAUUAUACUACAAUGCAUCCAGAAAAAAGAGUUAAUGCUGCAUUCCUGAUAGGAAGUUACGCUAUACUGUAUUGCAAACGUACAGUGGAAGAAGUUUUUGAUUGUUUGACCAAUUGUCCUAACAGUCCACCAUUUAUAAUGUUCCGUGAUGCCUCGGUUGGUUCUCCAUGUUAUAAAAUAUCUUUAUACGAGUGUUUAAGUGCUAUCGAUAAGUGCCAUCGACUUGGUUUCUUCAAUUUCAAAGAUUUUCGUGUUAAGGAAUAUGAACAUUUUGAAAGGGUUGAGAACGGUGAUUUAAAUUGGAUUGUUCCGGGAAAGUUCAUCGCUUUUUGUGGACCGCAUGCUAAAUCUAAAAUUGAGAAUGGGUAUCCGUUGCAUGCACCAGAAUCAUAUUUCGAUUAUUUCAGACGUAAUAAUGUCUCUACAAUUGUACGACUUAAUACUAAAAUCUAUGAUGCAUCAAGUUUCACAGAUGCUGGCUUCGAACACAAAGAUCUUUUCUUCAUGGAUGGUUCAACACCAACAGAUGCGAUAAUGCGUCAAUUUCUAAAAAUUUCUGAAAAUGCUAGUGGUGCUGUAGCUGUACAUUGCAAAGCAGGACUUGGUAGAACUGGUUCACUGAUAGGCUGUUAUAUUAUGAAACAUUAUCAUUUAACUGCUCAUGAAACAAUAGCAUGGAUUAGAAUAUGCAGGCCAGGUUCUGUUAUUGGACAUCAACAGCAAUGGCUAGAAAAAAAAGAAGCACUUCUUCACUCGUUGCUGAAAGAACCUCUACAAUCUGAUAAUAGAAAUCCAGUGCAUAAAUAUGGUAUAUAUUCAAUAAUGGGAAGACCUAAGACUUCAUUUUUAUUAAAUCCGAACAAUAAUCGUGUCAUACAAGAUAAUGUUUCUGGAAUAAUGCAUAGAGUUGAUGGAAUCAAAUUGGAUGAUUCUACUCCUAUAGCAACUCUUAAAACAGCUAGUAGACAUCCAUCCUCGACGUUAACACAAGGUGACAAAUUAAAUCAAAUUAAAGCUAAGAGAAGAAGGUUACGUAUAAAUCAAUCUUCUCUGGGCACUCCUACUGGAUCAUCGACAGUUGUUCAUCCAUAUCUAGGACCAUUACUUCAAACUAGAAAUCAAAAAGGAGCAGCUAUAGCUACAUUAGCUGGAAAUAAAGAGAAAGGUCCUUUAAAAAGUUUACUUGCACGGUCGACAACAACAACGACAGUUGUCAAAAGAAAUUGUAAAAAUGGAGGUUGGCUGACGAUCAACAACAGCUACGAUCCAUCAACCCGCCGAGUUAGAACUAAACCAACAACACAGAUUCAUAGUAUCAACAACAAUACAACUACUACACCUUCUUUAUCUAUAUCCAAACCGGUAACUAAGGCGAGUAUAAGAAGUUCGUGCAUAUCAGAGGCCCGUGCUACAAACUCGUCUACAAAUCAUUCAGUUGCACAACCACAACCAGGCAUGAAUAUGAUUCUUAGGUCAGCAGACCGUGUUACCCGCUAUCAUUCUCUAAGGCAUUCAUUUGCAAUCGAUAGACUUGUGGACUUGAAAUAUAUCCUUACGUACAUUACUUUGAUGGAUUAUACUUAUAUACAUUUGACCAGGCCUUAAUAUGGUAUGUAUGCAAAAUAAAUUUACCGCUUAUGCAUGAAAUAGCAGCAGUGGAGGUGGCUAACAAACCGAUCCCAUCAAUUUCUAUGACUUGCAGUGCGCGCACGACAAAAAGUUGUAAAACUGCAUUUAUCAGAUGACUAACCGAUAUUCUCAGUGGCGUGGGGGAGGACAAUCCAGUAACCCGAGCAUCCCAUCAGCGUCGAAGAUCUCAUCGCUUAAACCCCAUCAUUCAAUAAAUGCACUU